UUUAUCCAUCAUGAAUACUAAUACAAAAAAUUCAGAUUAUCUAACAUUAGCCAAAACCAAUGUUUUAAAUCAUUCAUGGAUUAAUGAAUUUAAUCCUAAUAAUUUAUUGAAUUAUGAAAAUAUGAAUAUUUCUGUAGAAAAUAUUUUAGACAAAUCAGAUUAUGUGACUGCUGAGGAAACUUCAACAAUUCUUAUCAACAAAAUGAAAAUCUUACAAAAUAUGUAUAUAGACCACUUAAAGACUCUAAAACGUGAAUACAUUAAUGAAAGAAUUAAAAUGGUUGAUUAUAUCAAAGAUAAAGAAAAGAAUUUAAGGACAACUGAUUAUAUAGAUCAACAAUCAAGCGCAUCAACCAAAACAGAUCUGAAUGAACGUCAAAUGCUUUUGAAAGCUUAUACACGAUACCACAGACCACAUGGCAAAGAAGGCGAUUUUAUCAUUCGCUCUCGUAAUAGAAGAUGGCAAUUUACCAAUUUUUUUGACCAAAAAUAUCUCAGGAAAAAGUAUAAAAACUUUUUAGAUAACAAUGAUUUGACUAUGUCCUCGUCUCAAAAACCAAUUCAAGUCAGAUGUCAUUACUUUCUUAAUGAAGAUAAUAAAGACUUUUUAAAUGGCAACUCAUCAGGUGACAUAAUGUCUGAGCUCUUAGAAGUUAAAAUUACACACAAUCUUAAAUCUGAACAAAAUAAGCCUCCGGAUGACGAUUAUAAGUGCACCUCUUAUCUAAGCCAGAAUUUGAAGAAUAUUAAACGAAAUAGAAAUAGGAAGAAUAGUGGUAGAGCUGGUGGCAGGUCAAAAAAUAGAAAUAGAGUAAAAUCCAUUUCUAGCCUUGAUUUCACGGAUGUAAUAGAAAAUCUUGAUGCAAAAUUGAGUGACAAUGAUGGCAAAAGAUGUGACAAAAUAUCUCUACCUUUUUCGAAAUAUUGUCACAAUCAUGUUUUAUAUGAUAAGAAACAAAAAUUAUUUGUCCCAUGUGAUAAAGAUAAUGUGUUUUUUGAUGAAAACAAAUGUGAUAAAGAAAUUAAUUUCAAUCAUAUUACAUCCACUUUAAAUAUUUCAAAUGUUAAAUGUAAAGUUCCUAUUCUUGAUAUCUCAAUAUUUGAUCAAUGCCCUCUACAUGUCAUUAGCAAUAAAUUAUAA